AACAAGCAAAGCCGCUUCAUCCGUUGUUGAUGUACGUCCAGCUGAAGUUGGAAAUGCAGGACCUGUGGAACCAGUUCAAUCGUCUCAGUACUGAGAUGAUCGUCACAAAGUCUGGCAGGCGUAUGUUUCCAACGAUUCAAGUGAGCGCGUCCGGCAUGGAUGUCAAGACCCUGUACAACCUGAUGGUAGAUUUCGUGUCAUUGGAGAGCAAGCGCUACCGUUACUCGUACCACCAAUCGGCGUGGGUGGUCGCCGGGCCAAGCGACCCAGAACUGCCCCCAAGAGUGAUCAACUUCGACAAGCUGAAGAUCACCAACAACCAAAUGGACACCAACGGAUACGUAAGUGGCAUCACAACACAUAAGAAUGGCAUCAGUUCGGUGACCCUUCGCCACGGCUGGGUCGAGGGCCGUUGGCCGAGCAGAGAAAGCACUGACCACUGGUCAAAUGAGACGGCAUCGGUGCGAGUGGUGCUUCGUCGGGAGGAUGGCGACGACGACGACUUUUUAACCACUGACUCGAAAGUGAGGCUACUAGUCGCUCAGCGGCUCGGGCGCGGUUUUUUCCGGGAGGGAAUGCGUAAAAAGGCACAUUCCUCACCACUGCGCCUGACACUCCGUCAUUUCUUAUUGGCUCCGACUUCGACAGCAAUAUCGCGUUCAUCGACGUUGACAAAUCGCCGUCAUAACUCUGGGACGAUCCUUGUGAUCGUUCCGGCUGCCGGCACGGGCAGUGAGCAUCGCUUGCACUUAGCACCGCCGAUAAUUACCGGAAGUGCCACUGGGCUAUCGCCAAUCGUGUUUGCCAAGCGCGGCCAUAGCUUCGAUGAUGAGGCCGCACCGAAAGCACCGUCGGCAAGUGUAGACAAAGACGACUUUGUCGUAAUCUUGAGGUAACA